GCGCUCCCCCCGCUGGGUGCGCUCGCCCGCACCGCUCCUCGGCCCGCCAUGGCGGCGGCGGCGGAGGCGCUGAGGGCCGGGGCCGCGCGGCUCCUCUUCUACCCGACGCUUCUCUACACGGCGGUGCGGGCGCGGUUACCCGGGUCCCGCCGGCCUUGGUUCCACCGCAUCGACGGCGCCGUGUUGCUGGGGGCCCUGCCGCUGCGGGGACGCAGCCGCGGGCUGGUGGCGGAGGAGAACGUACGCGCCGUGGUCACCCUCAACGAGGAGUACGAGACCCGGUUCCUCUGCUGCUCCGCCCAGGAAUGGGAGGCGAUGGGAGUGGAGCAACUGCGUCUCAGCACCGUGGAUCUGACUGGAGUCCCCACCUUGGAAAGCCUCCACAGAGGUGUUGAAUUCAUACUGAAACACCGAGCCUGCGGUAACAGUGUGUAUGUGCACUGCAAGGCAGGACGCUCCCGCAGUGCCACCAUGGUGGCAGCGUACUUAAUUCAAGAACAGAUUGAGAUGGGAAUAACAAGUCACGCGUUGAAGCUGCAUCACUGGAGCCCUCAGGAAGCAAUAGAGGCUAUUGCCAAGAUCCGUCCCCACAUCCUCAUUCGGCACAAGCAAGUCCAGGUCUUGGAGACAUUCCACAGGAACAUGAUCGCUGGGACAAAUGCAUAGUGUCAGUAAGAACUAUCAAAAAAUCUCUUGACUGCUUUAAAAAAAAAGCCUUAUGCUUUAAUGAUCUAAUGAAAGCUUAAGCACUAUAUUUCUUGACCAUCAAUAAAUAAGUUUUUUACAUAGAUUACAGUAAA